UCCCCAACAACAGCGGCAAAAGGUUCGCGUUUCUACCGCUAUCUUACGUACUGUUCCUCGCACUCAAAUCUCCAUUAAAAGUCCGCCUUUCUCGCCCUGACACAUUUGCGGGCGCAAUAUGAAGCGCUCCGUACCAAGAAGACGACAUAUUAAGCGUUGAACCGUGGGCACGGAACGGCAUUUACCAGGCGCUUCGGUGCUAUUUGUAAUUAUUUGUGUCCCGGAAAGUGAUUUCGCUUCCCCCCCCCUUCUCUGCCUCUCCCUGCCCGACUUUGCAUUCAAGAUUGCCAGUAGAUGAUGCGAAAACCACAGAGGAAAAUGAGAAAUAGCUGUGGAGGUCGUCGUUCUCCAUCUCCCUAUGGUCUUAAAUGCUCUCCAAGCAGAGAAACAUUAACGUACGCUCAAGCACAACGAAUGGUUGAGGUGGACAUUGAUGGGAGACUGCACAGAAUUAGCAUAUUUGAUACUUUAAAGAUUAUCACAGAGGAUGACUUGACUGCUCAAGAAAUUACAGAAUGUAAUAGUAACAAAGAAAACAGUGAGCAACCUCUCUUUCCUUCAAACUCAAAAAAAACAGUUUGCAAAGACAAAAGGAAAGAGUCAGCCUCUAAACAUGCAGCUGGGGCACCUAUUGAAUUACCUCAACCUUCUUUUAGAAUUAUUGAUUAUAAUCCUCCUGAUGCUCCACCCCUAUCAUCAGCAUAUUACAGAUACAUUGAAAAAUCAGUGGAAGAACUGGAUGGUGAGGUUGAGUACGAUAUGGAUGAGGAGGAUUAUGCAUGGCUAGAAAUGAUCAAUGAAAAGCGCAAAAAUGAUGUGAUUGGUAUAGUGUCCCAAGAGACAUUUGAGUGCCUCAUGGAUAAAUUGGAAAAAGAAUCUUAUUUUGAAAGUCGGAAUAAAGGUGACCCCCAAUCUCUAAUUGACGAAGAUGCAGUUUGUUGUAUUUGUAUGGAUGGUGAGUGUCAGAAUAGCAAUGUGAUCUUAUUUUGUGAUAUCUGCAAUCUUGCUGUACAUCAGGAGUGCUACGGAGUACCAUAUAUUCCAGAAGGACAAUGGCUUUGUCGCUGCUGCCUGCAAUCUCCUUCUAGGCCUGUUGAUUGCGCAUUGUGUCCAAAUAAUGGUGGUGCUUUUAAACAGACAGAUGAUGGCCGAUGGGCCCAUGUAGUUUGUGCUCUGUGGAUACCAGAGGUUUGUUUUGCUAAUACUGUAUUCUUGGAGCCAAUAGACAGCAUAGAGAAUAUCCCUUCUGCGCGAUGGAAAUUAAUAUGUUAUAUUUGCAAGCAGAAAGGUGCUGGAGCAUCUAUUCAGUGUCACAAAGCUAAUUGCUAUACGGCAUUCCAUGUGACUUGUGCUCAAAGGACUGGUUUGUACAUGAAAAUGGAACCAGUACGAGAAACAAGUGCGAAUGGGACGACUUUCAGUGUCCGGAAAACUGCAUAUUGUGAUGUCCACUCUCCACCAGGGUCAGUGAAAAAUAUUCUUGAAUUGGGUGAUAAUGAGAUUGAGGAAGUGGAGGAGGACCAGGAAAAAGAUAUUGUUGAUGGUGACAGCCCGAGGAAAAUAUCACCUAAAAAGACCAAAGUCAAAUCUAAACAGAAAGCUAAAAAAAUUAGAAAUUUUCUUGAAGAACGACGUGCAGCGGUACCAGUUGUAACUGUGCCACAGAUACCAACUCACAGGUUGAAUAAAAUCUGCAGUCGGUUAUCAAUUCAGAGGAAGACCCAGUUCAUGCAAAGGUUGCAUAAUUAUUGGAUGUUAAAACGACAGUCACGGAAUGGUGUUCCUCUGCUGCGGCGCUUGCACUCUCAUCUGCAGACUCAAAAAAAUGCAGAACAGAAGGAACAAGAUGAAAAAAACAGUGCCGUAAAAGAACAGUUGAAGUACUGGCAGAAACUGCGCCAUGAUUUGGAAAGGGCUCGUCUGCUUGUUGAAUUGAUUCGCAAAAGAGAGAAGCUUAAAAGGGAAGAGGUCAAAGUUCAACAAGUUGCCUUGGAAUUGCAACUUACACCAUUUAUUGUGUUUUUAAGACAAAUUUUGGAUCAACUUCAGGAAAGAGAUCAAGCAAAUAUAUUUGCGCAACCUGUAAGCCUCAAAGAGGUUCCAGAUUAUUUAGAGUUUAUUACGCAUCCUAUGGACUUUUCUACCAUGAGAAAAAAACUAGAAACCCACUGUUACAAAACCCUUGAUGAGUUUGAAACAGAUUUUAAUCUGGUCAUAAACAACUGUUUGAAGUAUAACGCUAAGGAAACGAUAUUCUAUCGGGCUGCAGUGAGAUUGAGAGACAUAGGAGGUUCCAUACUAAGGUGUGCUCGACGCCAAGCUGAAAACAUCGGGUAUGACUAUGAAACUGGAAUGCAUCUACCUGAAUCACCAAACCUGGCAAACUUCUACCGUUUCUCCUGGGAGGAUGUGGAUAAUAUGCUGAUACCAGAAAACAGAGCCCAUCUCUCAUUGGAGGACCAGCUCAAAGAGUUGCUUGAUAAAUUGGAUAUAACAUGUACCAUGAAGUCAAGUGGAGCUAGAUCAAAGCGUGUAAGAUUAUUGAGGAGAGAAAUCAACAGCAUCAGGCAGAAACUAGCACAACAGCAGCAUCUGCAUAAUGGUAACUACUCUGAAUUGUCAAAGGAUGAUACUGGAAAACCAGUGGUUGAAAGCCAUGAAGAUAGCGCUGAGAGAGAGGACUCAAAAUCUUCACUUCCACCUACAUUAGAACCUACUGGACCUGCACCUUCACCCUCAGACUCUGAAACUCACACAGAUCCACCUACCCUCAAGCCUGUGAGUGAGAGCAGGGCACACAGCAGACUGCACAAGCGGAUUAAAUCUGACAGUGAUGUCCUCAACAGAAAAGCACUACAAAAGGAAACCCUUGGCUCGCAUACUCUUCAGCGUCUGCUCAGUGACAGUGGUGUAAAUGGUCUGGCUCUCCCUAGCUCGGACACAACAGCUCAGUCAGUCAAUGAAGUGGGAAGGCGUACAUCCGUUCUCUUUAGGAAGGCCAAAAAUGGCAUGAAAUCACAGAAGGGCUCUGGCCAGCCAGUGGAGAAUGGAGACAGCCAGCAUCAAACAGAGCAGUUGCCACUGAAUGCUUCACCAGGGACACUGUCAAAACUACAGAGUCGCCGUCAGUCAAGGAAACGACCUCAAAGUUUGAGUUGUAGCUCUGACAGCGAAAGUGAGAAAUCUUGUACACCUGCAGAGCUAGGGCUUUCAAAUGGCUUUGGAAAACACUCCCAAUUAAAUGCAGAGAGCUACUCAGAUUCUGAGUGUAGUUCUAGUCUUGGAAGCAAUGGAGCAUUUGACAAUAACAGUGGCCUGUCUCCGCCCAAACGUAGUCGAGGGAAACCAGCUCUUGUUCGAGCACAUUAUCUUGACAAUGGCAAUGGGGAUGUGUCUUGUGGAGAUUUCAGUGCAUCAGGGAGAGGCGUCUGGACACCCUUUGAGAAUGAUGCUAUUUUAGAGCCUCUGGAACUGGUUUGGGCCAAAUGCAGAGGAUACCCUUCUUAUCCAGCAUUGAUCAUUGAUCCUAAUAUGCCUCGAGAUGGGUUGUAUCACAAUGGUGUCCCAAUACCUGUACCUCCACUUGAUGUAGUAAAGCUAGGAGAACAAAUGCAUGCAGAAGCUGGAGAGAAACUUUACCUCGUAUUAUUUUUUGACAACAAAAGGACAUGGCAGUGGCUUCCCCGUUCAAAAUUGCUAGCUCUUGGCAUUGAUGAUACAGUUGACAAACUGAAAAUGAUGGAAGGGCGUAAAUCAAGUAUUCGAAAAUCUGUUCAAAUUGCUUAUGAUCGAGCAAUGAUCCAUUUGAGUAGAGUACGUGGAGAGCAUGGCUUUCUCACCUCAAACUACAUGUGACUGUUCUAAACAUAACCAAAGUUGCUGAAGGAGAUUGUAUGACGUGACAUCAGGCAUCAAAGACCUUAAUUUCUGCUCAUUGUAAAAAUUAAAUGUCCUUUCUUUAUUUUUUCAUACUUUUAAGCAGAUCAACACGCAGCCUCUGUCACUGCCAAUUCUUAAAUGGCCUUUCUUUGGCUUGUUUCUUGCCAUGUUUACUUCAUUUAAACAUAGAUCAUGCUUUAAAUUUACAAAUACAAAUCCUGUUCAUAGUGUUUAUAAUGCCUUUUGUGUGGAAGCCAAGGGGAAUAAAAACCAUGUAUAUAAUUGUAUUAUAUUGUUACACACUAAAUUAUUCAAGGCUGCAGAUCUGAAUCUUUAGCUUCUCUGUGAUGGUAAUGGGUUUUGUAUGCACACACUGUAAUUUAUUUGAGAAACAAUACCAUUUGACGUUUGAAAGUAUUUGUUCUGUUAAAAUGCAGUGGACUUGUGACCUGUGUAUACUGUGUAGUAAAAGUUUAAAACAUUUUUUAUUACAUUUUAUGAUUUUGGUUUUUAAUGUAUUCAGGCUAUUAUAUCAAUGAUGUUGACUUACUUAGGGACCUAAAAUUAGCUGCGUGUCCACUGUGAAACACAGGAUGUUCAUGUUGUAUUUAUUGUAGAAAGUAAGAUUAUUUGCUUUCUAGUAUUGUUUAUAAAAAGCUGUAAUGGUUGAGAAAAUUGAGAAUUGACUCUUGCAAAAUUGUACUUUUACCUCUAAUCUAUUACAAUCCAACUGUCUGAGGCUAUAUUUUCUCCUGAGAAUUAAAUGUGACAAACUAGAAAUUAACAGUUCUCAAUUUUAAUUACUAAGCUUCUUUUGUUAACUUACAGUUUCAAUAGCGUGGAGCUAGUUUCUUCAUUCCUGCUGAAAUGUAGUUGUUGUUAGCCAUAUCAUUGAACAUUCGUCGAAGCUCCAUGACAAAAUACGAUUUUCUCAAAAAAACUGUGUUAAUUCUUUUAUGCAAAAGCUGGGUCCUUUUCUGGCUGAAAUGGAAGUCAUUUCAUAAAUGAGGUAAGUACUUUAUGACCUUAAUUAGGACAGAAGUGCUUUCUGAAUUAAUUUUGAAUACCUAAACUGUUUGGACUAGAAUUUUCCAGGUUUCAUUUCCCCAGUUGGACAAUGCUUUAAAUUUUAUUUGUCUCUGACAAAUGGCUUCCAGAUAUGGCUGGGAGUGCAUGUAUUUCCAAUACAAGACAUAAUAACUGUAAUAGACAGGUUUGAUGGUCUAAUACCUCAGUUUCUUCCUACCAUCUUUCAUCUUCUCAAAAUUAGAAUAUUUCCAGAACUAUUUCCUGCACCAACACUUAAAGUGGAUAUUAAUUUUCUGUUUUAUUGUUGAAUAUAAUCAACAGGAUAUGAACUUCGAGUUAAAGUUUAAACAUGAUUUAAAUAACAUUCAGCUCAUCGUUUCAAGCAACAGGCGUGAAACAGUUGCUCACUAUAAUUUAAGCCAACCAAAGUUUAUUG